GAUUCAGUUAAUUUUGAUUGCUUUCUUGAGACGGAACGAAUUACGCUGUACCUCGGAAGUGAAACUCAAGCAGUGGAAUAGAGAAUUUGAAUUUCUAGAGUUGAACGUGGAAGUGAAACUGAGGAUUGCGUGAAACUACACUAACGGUCGACUGUCAGGUGUCGAAGAUUGGAUAUUGGAUUGAAAUAGGGAUACUUUUAGUGAAGUGUGUAUAAUAGUUUUGGGAUGCGAAAAUUAUCCUUCACGGUAAAGUGCUGAUGGGUUGUUCGGAAUCUUUGAGGAAAAAUUUCCGCAUAGUGAACCAUGAUGAAGAAUAAAGAAAACACCAUGCCCUAUUUCUCUGAAUCAUCGGAUGAUGAUGACGAUGAUGAUGAGAAGACUCUUCUGAUUCGAAAGGUCCAGCAGGACAACAAGCUCUGGGACUCGUUCCAGGAUCCGCCGGUUCAGCAAACGUCCGGGUCGGCUGCAGACCGAGAAUAUCUGGACGUGUUCAUCAAGGGUCUCAAAGUGUUCACCUACAUCUUUGUGUUUCUGGUCACCCUGGCAGCGGCCGCCUUCUCCAAGCUGUCCUUCCUGCUGAUGGCGUCCAACAUCAAGAAUGGGACCAAGCAUCGGUACUGCGACGUGCGAAAUCCAGACAAACAGUACGAAGCGUUUGUCCCAACCGAGCAGCGAGUAGCCUGGAUGUGGGCGAUCAUUUUUGCCUUUGCCGUCCCUGAGGUCGGUGCCUUGAUCCGGGCAUCCAGGAUAUGUUUCUUCAAAAACGUUCCACGCCCCUCCUGGGCCCAGCUGGCUCUAGUGGCCCUGAUGGAAACUUUCCACGUUUCCGGUCUGGCAAUUUUAGCCUUUUUGAUCGUUCCGAAUUUGGACGCCGUAAAGGCCGUUAUGCUGACAAAUUGUGUGUGCUUGGUUCCGGCCAUCUUGGGGUUGCUGUCGAGAUCUUCGUCGGAAAAUAAGCUUCCCUUCAAAUAUGCCAUCGAUGUAAUGGCCAUCAGUGCCCAGGUUACCGGUUUCAUAGGCUGGCCACUGCUUAGUUCCCAAUUCGAGCUAUGGUUUAUCCCGCUGUCCAUAUUUUUGAUUUCCUUCCACUGGUGGGAGAACUAUCUGUCCCUGAAAAGUUAUUUCCGACCAAUCGCAAUGUUGGCUACAAUCCGCGAGAAGCUCAGCGACUGUCGGUACUCAAUCUAUUUGUAUGUUGCCCCGCUGAAGAUUCUGAUUUUCAUGAUGAUUGGAUCAGCUUUGUCGCAGCUAUCGGUUUGGAGCUUCUUCGAUAUGUUUUCCGCAGGCUGGGGCAAUCAUACAAUUCUGGUUCGGGAGAUGGAAGCCAUCCUGAACGACAACUCCCCGAACAUGAGCUCCAUUAUAUCGGAUCGGGAGACGUUCACAAUCUUCCCGACCGAAAAUGCCAUCCUGUGGAUCUUCCUGACGCAUGUGCUUUGCUCUUACAUCUGCUACAUCUUUAGCAAAUUUUCCUGCAAAAUCAAGAUCCAAAGCUUUUCGAUGGCAUUCCCUAUCAACCUGGCUGUCCCGGUGGCUGUAACGUUGCUGCUCGUGUUCUGCGGAUUGAGGGAGACUGACGUUUGUGCUUUCACGGCAGUCCUACCGGAUUAUCUAUUUUUCCGCACGCCGCCGAUCUACUAUUUGUGUGAUUAUUUGGUGAAGGAGUUUGCUUGGUUGUGGUUGCUUUGGCUGCUGUCACAAACCUGGAUCACUCGGCAUAUUUGGAUGCCCAAAAGUGAUAGGAAUGCUUGCACUGAAAAACUGUUCAUAACCCCAAUGUACAAUAGUUUGCUGAUCGAUCAAAGUAUAGCCAUGAAUCGGAGACGGGAGGAUCAAGAGGAGUUCGUGAAGAAAAUUGAGAGCAAGAGAAAACACAUGGAACACGUGAACGAAAUCGACGCCAAAGCCUACGAGCGGCGAAACGACGAGAUACAACCGUGCGAUCGGAUUCCGCAGAUCUUCGUGUGCGCAACGAUGUGGCACGAGACGAAGGAAGAGCUGAUGGAGUUCUUGAAGUCGAUUCUGCGCCUAGACGAGGAUCAAUGUGCCCGGCGGAUGGCAAUGAAGCACAUCCAGACGUCGAAGGAUGACAUCAAUUCGGAUUAUUACGACCUGGAGACUCACAUUUUCUUCGACGAUGCCUUCGUGAACGACAAAUCCAAGUGUGAAACGGACAACGAUUCACCGCUGAAUUCUUACGUCAAGUUUUUGAUCCAUGGCAUUGAGGAUGCAGCCUUGGAGGUCUACAAAACCAAGAUGCGGAUCUACCCUCCGACCAAGAUCGUUACUCCCUACGGUGGCAGAUUGAUUUGGACUCUUCCGGGUCGAACGAAAAUGAUCUGUCAUCUUAAAGAUAAGAACAAGAUUCGUCACAAGAAGCGGUGGUCCCAGGUUAUGUACAUGUACUAUCUUCUCGGGUACAGAAUCAUGCAGUUGAACACUUCGGCUGAGAGAAAAAUGGUCAUUGCCCAAAAUACCUAUCUAUUGGCCCUGGAUGGGGAUAUCGAUUUCCAACCGCAGGCUGUCUCGUUGUUGGUAGAUCGUAUGAAGGUUGAUCCCGAUUUGGGAGCUGCCUGUGGACGAAUUCAUCCUGUUGGAACGGGUCCAAUGGUUUGGUAUCAGAUCUUCGAGUACGCUAUCGGUCAUUGGCUGCAGAAAGCUACGGAACACGUCAUUGGAUGCGUUCUUUGCUCGCCGGGAUGUUUUUCGCUGUUCCGAGGCCGAGCGCUGAUGGAAAACUCUGUAAUGAAAAAAUACACGACCAAGGCUUGCCAGGCGCGACAUUAUGUCCAGUACGAUCAGGGCGAGGAUCGAUGGCUGUGUACGCUGUUGUUGAAGCAGAAAUUCCGCGUCGAGUAUUCCGCAGCUUCCGAUGCUUACACCCAUGCACCGGAAGGUUUCAACGAGUUCUACAACCAAAGAAGACGUUGGGUUCCCUCGACCAUUGCCAACAUUAUGGACUUGCUCGGCGAUGCUAAGCGAGUGGUGAAAACGAACAACAGCAUCUCGAUGCCUUACAUCAUCUAUCAGUUCAUGUUGAUGUUCGGUACAAUCCUUGGCCCUGGAACGAUCUUCCUCAUGAUGGUCGGUGCUCUUGUUGCCGUCUUCCGUAUCGACAUCUGGACUUCUUUCCUGUGGAAUGGGCUUCCCCUUGCCGGGUUCAUGGCCAUUUGCUACUGGAUGAAGCAGAAGUACCAACUGAUGGCCGCCUUCUUCAUCUCAGCCAUCUACUCCCUGGUCAUGAUGGCUGUCCUGGUCGGUAUCAUAAUCCAAGUAAUGGAGGAUGGUAUUAUGGCUCCAUCGUCUAUAUUCUUUCUCACGGUCGCCUUGCAAAUCGUCAUCACCGGCAUUCUACACCCUCAAGAAAUGGGCGCCUUACCGGCCGGAGUAGUCUACUACAUAACCAUCCCGUCGAUGUACAUGUUGCUGAUGAUCUACUCGAUGUUCAACAUGAACGAUGUAUCCUGGGGCACCCGGGAGAAUCCUGCGGAACCUGCCAAAAAAGUUGAAGAAGUCGCACCGAAGGGCAAAUUUCAGAAGUUCUUAGGAUAUUUGCGUUCCAACGACCCCGAAGAGGAGGGUUCGGUUAACUUUUCCGUAGCCGGACUGUUCAGCUGCCUGUUCUGUACCCAUCCGAAGUCCAGCGCCGAGAAGCAACAGAUGGUACAGAUUGCGACUUCGCUGGCCGAUAUCAACACGAAGAUGAAGGAUCUGGAGAUGAAAUUAACCGGCUCCGUCACCGUAAUGAGAUCCGGCGAGGGUGCAGAUGGCGAUGAGGAUGAGGAGGAUCCGGAUGAGCUACGGGGAUGCCGUGAUAUGCAUCCGGAAGCGGGUUCGCCUAACUCCGGUGUGUCGUCGCCGAUUCAGGACGUCAAAGCGGCCGAGCUGGAAGAGCCCGAGAAACAAAUCAACUACCUUCCGGACUGGUUGUACGAUGUGGACCUCAAGAACGGAGACACCGAGACCAUUUCGGCCGCCGAGGAACAGUUCUGGAUCGAGCUCAUCGAGAAGUAUCUGAAACCACUGGAUCUGAGCCCGGAUGAGAAGAACGAAAUGGCUUCGGCCCUGAGGAACCUGCGCGAUUUGGCAGUGUUUGCUUUCGUGAUGGCCAAUGCGCUGUUUGUGUUGGUGGUGUUUUUGCUGCAGCUCAACAAAGAGGCACUGCACAUCCGGUGGCCGAUAAAUGCCAAGAAUACGAUCACUUUCGACGAAACUACGGUCGAAAUCAUCAUCCACAGGGAGUAUCUGCAGCUGGAACCAAUCGGGUUGGUUUUUGUGUUCUUCUUCGGAUUGAUUUUGAUGAUCCAAUUCAUUGCGAUGUUGAUGCACCGUUUCGGAACGAUUUCCCAGAUUUUGGCAUCGACUCAGCUGAACUGGUACUGCUCCAAGAAAGCCAAGGACAUGUCUCUGGACGCGGAGCUGCGAGAGAAUGCCGUGGAAAUUGCCCGGCGAUUGCAACGACCCAAGCCUCAGUGGGACGAAGAAGAUUUGGAAGACGAACAAAAAGCAAUCGGACGCAGAGAUACGAUCCAUAGAAUCUUGUACCAGCACAAAAACAAACAGGACUGGAGCAAUUUGGAGACGAACUUCAAACGGAACUACUACAAGGAAGGGGACUUGAAUUUGGGUGGUCGACUUACGAUAAGUCGUAAAACUUUGACCGUUCUCGAUACCCGACGAAAGUCGAUGGCCGAACAAAGGAAGAUUCGAAAAUCUAUUCUCCGUGGACAGGAACCCUUCCUAGAAGGAAACGUUCCAUGGAACAGUGGUCCAGUUCCUUCAAACGGUGGAAGUCCUCGGAAGAGUUCCACCCCACCCGACUACCAGAUGAGUCGAGGACCGAGAUCUUCAACCGGAAGUAAUGGGUUCAACAAUAACAACAAACGUAGUCCCAGCUAUGAACAGCGGAAUCUGCCUCCGGGUCGGGUUAAUUUGGCGUACCAGAUCGACGAGGAGCUGGAAGAUUUUUCCGAGGAUGAGGAACCAGUGGUGUUGAGACGGAAACGGGAAUCUUCGACGGCACUGGAAAUUGUCGAUCGGCCCAUCUCCAAAGGGGCACGGAAGAGUCAGGUUACAUUUGCGUAAGGCGUAUUUGCAUUUUAUUAUAU